AGCAUUUGACUGUGGCUUGGGACGCGAAGAGAGGCACGCAGCGACCGCCCCGACGGCUGGCGAUGGUCUAAGCGCCCUUCAGCCACCCCCUCCCCCGAGACGCAGCCAGAGCCCUCCCCUCGCCCUCUGGACAACACACCCUGCCUGGUCUCCUCUGUCUCCCCGGCGCUCCUGUCCGCUUCGGCGCUCCCGCACGGAGGCCAGCCCCGGGGAGGUGCGGCGCCCGCCAGCAUGAGUGGCUCCUUCGAUCGCAAGCUCAGCAGCAUCCUCACGGACAUCUCCAGUUCGCUUAGCUGCCAUGCGGGCUCCAAGGACUCGCCCACCCUGCCCGAGUCUUCUGUCACCGACCUGGGCUACUACAGCGCUCCCCAGCACGACUACUACUCGGGCCAACCCUACGGCCAGACCGUGAACCCCUACACCUACCACCACCAGUUUAAUCUCAAUGGGCUCGCGGGCACGGGCGCUUACUCGCCCAAGUCGGAAUAUACCUAUGGAGCCUCCUACCGGCAAUACGGAGCGUACCGGGAGCAGCCGCUGCCUGCCCAAGACCCAGUGUCGGUGAAGGAGGAGCCGGAAGCAGAGGUGCGCAUGGUGAACGGGAAGCCGAAGAAGGUCCGAAAGCCGCGCACGAUCUACUCCAGCUACCAGCUGGCCGCCCUGCAGCGCCGUUUCCAGAAGGCCCAGUACCUGGCGCUGCCUGAGCGCGCCGAGCUGGCCGCGCAGCUGGGCCUCACGCAGACACAGGUGAAAAUCUGGUUCCAGAACCGCCGCUCCAAGUUCAAGAAGCUGUACAAGAACGGGGAAGUACCCCUGGAGCACAGUCCUAACAACAGCGAUUCCAUGGCAUGCAACUCACCACCAUCACCAGCCCUCUGGGACACCUCCUCUCACUCCACUCCAGCACCUGCCCGCAGUCAGCUGCCCCCACCGCUCCCAUACAGUGCCUCCCCCAGCUACCUGGACGACCCCACCAACUCCUGGUACCACGCACAGAACCUGAGUGGACCCCACUUACAGCAGCAGCCACCUCAACCAGCCACCCUGCACCACGCCUCCCCUGGGCCCCCGCCCAACCCUGGGGCUGUGUACUGA